AGCCCCCGCCCGCGCCGCCGGCCGCGCCCGGGUUCCCACGGCGCCCGCCCCCGCGCUGCGCUCCCGCCCGCCCUCGUCGCCGCCGCGCCCGCCCAGGCCUCUGGCGGACAUGGCGCUUGUCCCCUGCCAGGUGCUGCGGGUGGCGAUCCUGCUGUCCUACUGCUCCAUCCUCUGCAACUACAAGGCCAUCGAAAUGCCCUCGCAUCAGACCUACGGAGGGAGCUGGAAAUUCCUGACGUUCAUUGAUCUGGUUAUCCAGGCUGUCUUUUUUGGCAUCUGUGUGCUCACCGAUCUUUCCAGUCUUCUGACUAGAGGAAGUGGGAACCAAGAACAAGAGAGACAACUCAAGAAGCUCAUCUCUCUCCGGGACUGGAUGUUAGCCGUAUUGGCCUUUCCUGUUGGGGUUUUCGUCGUAGCAGUGUUCUGGAUCAUUUAUGCCUAUGACAGAGAGAUGAUUUACCCGAAGUUGCUUGAUAAUUUUAUCCCAGGGUGGCUGAAUCACGGAAUGCACACAACGGUUUUGCCCUUUAUAUUAAUCGAGAUGAGAACAUCACACCAUGCAUAUCCCAGCAGAAGCAGUGGACUCGCCGCCAUAUGUACCUUCUCUGUUGGCUAUAUAUUAUGGGUGUGUUGGGUGCAUCAUGUAACUGGGAUGUGGGUGUACCCUUUCCUGGAACACAUCGGCCCAGGAGCCAGAAUCAUCUUUUUUGGGUCUACAACCAUCUUAAUGAACUUUUUGUACCUGCUGGGAGAAGUUCUGAACAGCUAUAUCUGGGAUACACAGAGAAGUAUGGAAGAAGAGAAAGAGAAGCCUAAACUGGAAUGAGAUCCAAGUUUAAACAGAAGGGCUGGAUUGAGCCGCCAUUGAAGAAGCGUUCUCCCUGGGCUUUGGCAGUGCUGAAGAGGAAACAUCAGAGAGAGCAGUGGAAUCCGCCUCCACCUCCCUGCCCCAGAGGGAGGACACCUUUUAUGGAGAAAUAUAUAUAAGAAUAGAAUACGGUUGUUUCCAAAAUAACUUGCCCUCAUUGUGUUUUAAAAACUAGAAUUGGUCAUUGGAUUUUAAUUUUUGCAAUUGAAAUUCCAUUUAACCAAGGAAGAAUAAAAUUCUAUUGUGUUUCUUGAGAAAUAUGUGGAAAUCAAAGAGGCAGAUGUCAAGCAAGGCAUUGGUCCUACAGGUGGCUGGAAUAAUGAACCAGGGCCACAGUGUAAGUCUGGAGAAAACGUGAUUGAUGUUCCCUAUUGCAAUAAUGUCACUGUUGUCUCAAAAGGGCAAUAUUAGUAAUAAUGACAUCAGUUUAGUCAAAACCCUAAGCAUAUUUGGAUCUCGUGAUUUAAUCAUGUGAAAUUUGUCCUAGAUGCAAAUUAUAACUUUAAUAAAGACCAAGCAAUCCCUAAUCUAACGCCUGCAUGGUACAUCUCCGAACUCUAACAACACGGAGGUCUUCUUUCUUAUUUUGUUUCUAUUGCUGUUGAAAAUGGAUGUACUGAACCUGGAUCUUAUAAUUUUCUGAUUUUAAAAAUGUGUCUCUUUUUGAUAACUCCAAAAAGAAUAAUUUUAUUUAAAAAGCUAAUUUACAAAAUCUUUGAUCAUAAUUAUUUCUAAAUAAUACAAUGCAGAAUAUGUAGUCGAAAACACAUAAAAAUAAAUCUUAGAGAAAUAUAAAGAAUGGACUAAUAAAAAUAAAGGCAGAGAUUAAGUAGGGCAGCAGGAAAAUAACAAUGGAAUUGAUAAUUAAAUUGAUUAAUAAAUUCAAUAUCUCAUCUGUACAAAUAGCAUUAAAAUAUGCAAACUACUGAUAUGUUAACUGAAAAGAAAGAGAAAGAGAGAAACACAAAUACUUGACAAUAUAAGUACAGAUGUGAAACAAAUUUUUUUUGUUUCUUUUUUUUUUUUGAGGAAGAUUGGCCCUGCACUAACAUCUGUUGCCAAUCUUCCUCUUUUUCUUUUUUCGCCCCAAAGCCCCAGUAGUUGUGUAUCAUAGUUGUAGAGUUGUAGCUCUUCUCUGUGGGCUUGAUGAGCGGUGAGUAGGUCCACACCCUGGAUCCAAACCUGCAAACCCUGGGCCACCGAAGUGGAACAUGUGAAUUUAACUACUACACCACCAGGCUGGCCCCAAAACAAAUUUUUAAUUAUAAAAAUAUGUUGUAUUGCUCUAUGGCAACAAAUUCCUAGAACCCAAUGAAAAGUGCAAUUUUCAAGGAACAUGGAUUCAAUAAGAAUUAUAAACCUGUAAUUGACUGACAUUUAUGGAAGACAUUUUUGAAUAUUCAAUUAUCUAUCUCCAAUAAAAGAGUUGAGUCCAGAGUGUUUUAUGAGCAAGUCCUUGAAAACUUUCAAGUCACAAUUCUCAUGUUAUUUCAAUUGUUCCAAGGUUACAGAAUGAUGAAACACUUCUCAAAUUCUUUUUCGGUUAAUAUAACCUUCAAAACAAGGCUA